AUGUACAAGCUAACAUUCUGCUCCUUAUUUUUUGCCGGCUUCUUAAGCCCCUUCUUGGCUCUUCCCACCGUCGAUUCCAGUGAAGCGGCUUAUCGGCUCUCAGCAGAUGACGAGACUGCAAAGCUAACGCUGGAAGACCUGGACAGAACUUCCCUCUUGCAAAUGCUGCCAGAGAUUUUUGGUGCAGAAAGAGAUAAGGAGUCCAGAAAAGAUGAUCUUAGUGCUGACAUUUUUGAUCCAAGAGAAAAUGUGAAAAAAUUUCAGGUUUUUUAUGGAAAAGAUCCCAAAAUCUCACUCCUGAGUCAUCUUCUAGCCAGAACCAGGAAACAGUUCAAGAAACGUGGGACCCCUUCUGAAUGUUUCUGGAAGUAUUGCGUGUAA